CACCCAGGCGCCCAUAAAUAUCCAGACUUCUGACAUCUCUUGAAAACAUGGCCAGUCUGGCAUCGCCAGCCAGACAUGGAAACUGCUGGUGGGAACAGGGUAGAAACUGCCUCCUUGUCAUGGGAAUCCCUCUGACAAGGAUCAAGUCCAUGCGAGAAAACCUCAGGGAGAAAGACAGGCUGAGAGAUUACCUGGAGAAGCAUCCUUACAACCUGGCCUACAAGUUUGUUGAGUCUGUAGAUCCGGACCUGGGGGUAUAUUAUGAACCCAUGAGGAAUUACCUGGAUCUGGCCUACGUCGGCACCAUCAGCAUUGGAACACCCCCGCAGGAGUUCAAGGUCAUCUUUGACACAGGCUCGUCUGACUUGUGGGUGCCCUCCGUCUACUGCUCCAGCCCUGCGUGCGCUAAUCACAAUGUCUUCAACCCUCUGCUGUCCUCCACCUUCCGGAUCUCGGGCCGACCCAUCCACCUCCAGUACGGCUCCGGGAGGAUGUCAGGAUUUCUGGCCUAUGACACUGUUCAGGUAACGUGGAAACCAGAGGCUGAGGAAGGCUGGCCCGGGGAGCAUUGACGGCUUAUAGGAUCAAAUGUAGGGUCAGGUGGGAGCACCUGUCUUUCUCAAAGUCCCCCAGCCUGCCCUGUGGGGCUGGCUCCCUAGGGAGACAGUACCCCUUGCUGACACAUGGAAUCCCAGAAUAGCUAACCCAGAGAGUGGGUCACCGUGCUGGCGGGGCUUGGAGGCAUGGAUUUUCAGCUCCUUUCCCCUUGGUUAGCUCAAGGCUGAUUUGGGGGGAACAGGGAGAGGUGUGGAAAAACCACCCACUUUUAUAUUUACAGCACGGUGCUGGGUGCUUUCAUGGUAAGAACUUGUUUGAUCCUGCACCAGCCCUACGUGCCAGGCACAGUUACUACCAUCACGCAGAUGGGUGAAUCGAGGGAGAGGGAGUGCCUUUCCCAGGGUUAUGCACCUGCUAAGUGGCAGAGCUGGGAUGCGAAGCAGGGCUCACACAGAUGGGGGAUGUUUUGGAGAAGAGGGCAGAACUGAUACGGAGCAUCUGGGUGCAGCUGAGGAUCCAGGCACCCAGGCAAAAAAACCAAGGGCCACAGAAGUGGGGAGGGGGGCUGAAAAAUGGGUCCUUACCCUUGGGGGCCUCUGAGACUCUAAUAAAAACUAUGAGCUGCCUCCCCUAAAGUGCCUGAACACACACACACACACACACACCCCAGCAUAUU